AUGGUUGGCAUGGACCGUAACCUAAGCAUCAAUGAAGUAAACGAAACUGGUGAAAACAGACCUCAGUUUCAAACUGAGGAAGAAUUAUUACAUUCUAUGGGCUAUAAGCAGGAAAUGAAUAAAACCAUGUCAACUGUUUCUAACUUUGCAAUUGCAUUUGGCUGUUGCUCCAUCUUAUCAGGUCUCACUCCUCUUUGGGGUGAUGCCAUGCUUGCUGCUGGAUCAAUUGCUGUCAUCUGGGGCUGGAUCCUCGUAUCAGUCUUUACAUUCGGCGUUGGUCUCUCUCUGGCUGAGAUUUGUUCUGCCUAUCCCAUUACUGGUGGUCUCUACAUUUGGGUAUCCAAAUUGGCCCCCCCUGAGUGGGUCCCUAUCAUGUGUUGGUUGACUGGCUGGUGUAACUGGCUUGGUUUGAUCAUCUUGUAUCAUGUCAAAUUAAUCCAUUUCUAUGUAGUUGCCAUCACUUCAGCUGAUCUUGGCCUUUCUCAAUUCAUUGCUUCCAUCAUCAACAUUAGCGACCCCAACAACAGCCCCAGCAUUUACUGGCAAUACGGCAUCUUUGUUGUCAUUGCUGUCGUUCAUGGCAUCAUCAACUCUGUCAGUGUCAAAUACAACGGCUUUUUCAACCAAACAUCACUCUACUGGCAUCUGAUCGGUACGCUUCUCAUUGUCAUUGUCGCAUUAGUCUUGACUCCCAACAAGCCUAGCGCCCAAUGGGUGUUCACUCACUUCCAAAACGAAACCGGCUUUUCUUCUGGAGGCUAUGCUUUCUUGAUUGGCCUCUUACAAUCUCAAUAUACCCUUUCUGGUUUUGACAGUGCUGCUCACAUGUCUGACGAAACUCGUGACGCUGGCCGUAGCGCUCCUCGUGGUAUCCUCUAUGCUAUCGGUACUGCUGCUAUUGUUGGUUUCGUCUUCCUGGUCUCUGUCAACUUCUGUGUCCAAGACUAUCAAGCUCAAAUUGUCGAUACACAAAUUAGUCCUGCCAUGACUCAAGUCUUUUUGGAUGGCGUUGGCUACAAGUGGACCGUUGUGUUCACUACCAUUAUCAUGGGCGCCAUGUUCUUCUCCGGCUCUGCUUUGACUUUAGGCAGCUCAAGAAUGAUUUAUGCCUUUGCUCGUGAUGGUGCUACACCUUUCUCCAAGUACCUUGCUACUAUCAACUUGAAGACUCAAACUCCUAUCUGGGCUGUCUGGUUCAAUGUUGUCUUUGCCAUGAUUGUUGGUUUGCUCUACAUUAUCAACGAAACUGCAUUCAAUGCUAUUGUCUCUGUCAACACCAUCGCUUCAUCUAUGGCUUACUUUAUCCCCAUUGCUCUCAAAUUGACUGUUGCUAGAAAGGUCUUUGUUCGCGGCCCUUUUCAUUUAGGUCCCUUCUCGGAUGCCGUUAACGUCAUUAGUUUGUGCUGGAUUUUGCUGACAUCUGUUCUGUUUGUCUGUCCUACUCAAUAUCCUGUAACACCUGAUAACAUGAAUUAUGCUAUUGUUGUCUUUUCCGGUGUCAUUGGUGCCUCUGUCCUCUACUAUUAUGCUCGUGCCAACAAGUUCUUCAAAGGUCCUGGCAAGAGCCUCGAAUAUGAUCCUCAAUUGGAUGGCCUUCCUGUGGAAACUGCUGUUGACGAUGUCAAGAAGCAAGAUUGUAACCAAGAAUUUGACAGCUCCAGUCAAAGUAGCAAUAGCGACAAUGAAGGCAACAAGAAAUAUCAAGUUAACGAAGUUGAGCGUAUUUAA